AUGCUAAACCAGCAAUUUCAGGAGCCUUUUUUGGCAGUAGUUAUUGAUCCCACAAGGACUGUUUCUGCUGGAAAAGUUGAGAUUGGGGCAUUUAGGACAUACCCUGAAGACUAUAAGCCUCCAGAUGAGCCUGUCUCUGAGUAUCAGACAAUUCCUCUUAACAAGAUUGAAGACUUUGGUGUGCACUGCAAACAGUAUUAUGCAUUGGACAUCACAUAUUUUAAGUCAUCUCUUGAUUGCCGCCUCUUGGAUCUGUUAUGGAACAAGUAUUGGGUGAAUACCCUUUCUUCAUCUCCUUUGCUUGGAAAUGGGGACUAUGUCGCAGGACAAAUUUCAGAUCUAGCUGAAAAGCUGGAGCAAGCUGAAAAUCAUUUGGCUCAUUCACGCUUUGGGUCCUUAAUAGCGCCUUCUCAAAGAAAGAAAGAGUCUACAUUCGUUGUUCCUUAUUACUUGAUGAGUGGUCCACUGGCCAAGAGUCAAGAAACUGGUUCUGUUGAUAAGUGGGCUAUAGUUUUUAUCCAAAAUGCUCCAGACUCUACCUUGUAUAUGUAA